CCGCGCUUUGAGAGAGCGAAAGUGCUUGAUCACGUGACAGAGCGGUGAAGGAGAGGAAGUCCGUGCCGCGUGGGGUUGUGGGAACAGUUUGAUGACGUCUACUGUUGAAGUAGAGGAAUAAUAACGCAGGUCUCCACUGGAUUUCGUGUUCACGGGUGUCCAGCUUUGGCGUGGAGUAACAAGAGUAACAGCUAAGCGAGAAGGACUGCCCUCACAAGAUGGGCGCUGUGGUAUCUCGGUGGAGGGCCAAGCCAUCCACUGUAGAGGUCUUGGAGGGUCUUGAUAAGGAUAUCCAGGCCCUUGAGGAAUACAGAGAGAAGAACCAGAAGCAGAGGAAGUUAUGGGUUUACAGACUGCUGUUGUACUCAGCCCUGCUCUACAUGAUAGCCUGUACAGUCGUCUACGUCUGGUACAUCCCAGAGCAGAUGAUAGGAAAAGUAAUAGUGGCGUCACCAUUCUUGAUAUUUCCUCUGUUAGUUUGGCUCCUGAGGAAACUGCUGAUUGUUUUAUACAACAAGCGAACGGAGAGAAACAAUGAAAAAUUAGAAGAGCUGAAAGCAGAGAAAAAGAAAAUACUGGAACAGGUAAUGGAAACGGAAACCUACAAAAACGCUAAGCUGAUUCUGGAACGGUUUGACCCAGACUCUAAGAAAAAGCUUGAGUUGGAAGCUCAACCCAUUGGCCCACCGGCGACUCCAAGACAAGGCCAAGAGCUGCGUCAGAGGCUUGUGUCCCCUCGUCCCGCUGGACGUCCACCUCCUGUUCCUGUAACUGCCCCCGCAGUCCCCCUUACUCCACUAUCUGCCCCGGGUGGGCCGCCUGAAAAAGGUCUGGCAACCUCGACACCACAUGGUCUGAUCAGGAGGCCUGGGACUCCGGCUGGCUCUCCUGCCCCAGGGAUGGGAAUGCACCCUCCAGGUCCUCCGCUGGCCAGACCCGUCCUCCCCAGAGAGCGAGGUGCCAUGGACAGGGUCAUUGAGUACCUAGUGGGUGAUGGACCUCAGAACAGAUAUGCUCUGAUAUGCCAGCAGUGUUUAUCUCAUAAUGGUAUGGCUUUAAAGGAGGAGUUUGAAUAUGUUGCAUUCAGAUGUGCCUACUGUUAUUUCCUGAACCCGGCCCGGAAGACACGUCCCCAGGCCCCGCGUCUCCCAGAAUUCACCGCAGAAACCAAGAUGAGCCAAGACCCCCCUGCUGUUGCCAUGGAGACAGACCUGUCUAGCUCUCCACCUGCCCCAGAGGGUAAAGCAGCCAGUCCAGGGCAUGUGAAAGCAGAACCUGGAGAACAGCACACAGAAGACAGUCCUUCAGAAGAGAAGCCAGCAGAUCCAGAUCCACACACCGACCUCCCCGACAAAUCAGAGGGCGAACAUGAUGUGUCCGCCAUGGAAGUGGAAUAGAGCGAGAGAGAAUUUGCCAAUAUCUUGUGUGUAUGCGCAUGUGGGUUUGAUUCCCGUUGAGGGUUGAUUUUCUUAUUCUUUACCUUUAGUUUAUUUGUAUCUGUUUGUUUUAAUUUCUACAUGUUAUAUUGCAGUGUUAUUUAAUACAUUAGUAAGGCAAAGCUAAGUAGAAAUAAGUUAAGGGGUCAGGGAUUUUCGUGAUGGUUUUGGGAGAAAUUCUUAUUAGUUAUGAUGUAUCUGCAAUAAUUAGUUACAUUUCUGGGUUUAAUAGGCCUACAAUGUUUUGUGUUUGUUUACAUUUUAUGUGAAUGGAACCUGUAUGUAAAAACAUCAAUGCAGCAGAACGUUCAGCACAUAACUGUUUAUUCUCUUAGUUGGAAAGAAAAGCAGCUAUUGAAUUUCAUCCUCCAUAUAAGCAGUUUUGUGACUGAAUGUAUUUAACAUUCUUAUUUACAAUAUGUAAUAAUGCAAAAAAUGUAAUUCAAAAGAAUAUUUAUGAUAUUUAUAGAUAUUAAUAUCCUCUCAGUGCCUGUUACAUUAGGUGUAGCAUACAUUAGGUGCUGUGCAGAGAGAGAUUGGUCCCAUGUUUACAUGUGUUCAGGUACCGCCAUAGGAAUGUCUGGUUAUUUAUUACGGCAUAAAAACAGCCCUUCAGUGUUCUCAGCCUCAUGUGCCUUUAUGUUUGACCUCUUUCAAGAUUUAAAAAGCAGAUGAAUUGUCAAGUAAUUGUCAAGCAUAGCAUUAUGUGCGAAAAAUACAGUGCUGUUUUUAUUUUUGUCUACAAGGAUUAAUAUGAGAAAUAAAGUUUUUAAAACAGUA